UUAUGAUUUUGAUUUGAAUAUCGUUAGUUCUAAAUCUAAAGCUGAAGUUUUGUUGUAAUUACAGUGCAUUUAUACUUAUUAUCUUAUUCUGUAGUUUAAAUUCUUUAUCUCUUAAAAUGUUAUAAGUUGUAAAGAUACUGCUUAUGUAAAAACCUAGUACUUGUUGAGAAUAUUAAUUUGUUGGGUCUGUAGAACCUGGAAAACACAAUGGAAAAUAACAGCACUCAGUGGAAACCAAAAAACAAGUCUAUUUGUGAUCUCAAUUUGAGAUUAGUUUCUGAAAUAAGUCCUCGAUAUCAGCACAUUUUUACACAUCCUUGCUUCAAUGCAAUUCAGUCAAAACUCAUGGACACUAUUUUACAAACAGAUGAACCUCUUGUUGUAUCUGCCCCCACUGGAUCUGGUAAAACAGUACUGUUUGAACUUGCCAUAGUAAGAUUACUACAAAAAAUGGAACUGAUGGAGGAUCCUGAGGAUUUUAAAAUUGUUUACAUGGCUCCAGUUAAGGCUCUGUGCACUGAAAAGUAUAUGGAAUGGCUUGAUAAGUUCAGUCCUCUAGGAUUGAACUGCUUGGAAGUGACGGGAGAUUUUGAAAACUUGGAUUUCAAAGGCAUCCAAGAUUAUCAGUUGAUUUUUACUACACCUGAAAAAUGGGAUUCAAUAACUCGAAAGUGGAAAGAUUAUUCAACAAUUGUUCAACAAAUCAAACUCUUUCUUAUUGAUGAGGUUCAUUUGUUGAAUGAAGAAAAGAGAGGAGCAGUAUUGGAAGUGGUUGUCAGUCGGAUGAAAACAAUACAGAAGACUGUAGCAGACUCAUUCAGAGUGAGAUUUAUGGCUGUGUCUGCCACAAUACCCAACAUUGAGGACAUCGCACUUUGGCUUGGAGACUCUCAGAACAUACAAGCCAAUUACGAAAAAAUAGGCGAGGAGAUGAGACCAGUUACUUUGAAGAAAAUUGUGAGAGGAUAUCCGUGUUCUCAGAAUCAGUCUCCUUUUCUGUUUGACAUCAGCUUGAGCUACAAACUGAAACAUAUCAUAAUGGAAUAUUCAGAAUGUAAACCUACCUUGGUAUUUUGUUCUACACGUAAAGGGGUGCUUCAAACUGGCGGUGUUCUAGUAAAAGAAAUCUCGUACACAUUUACACCUGAACAGAAGAUGAAAUUAGAAAAAGUAGCAUCACAGUUGGCUGAUGGCAAAGUUUCAGAAUACCUUUUGAGAGGAAUAGGCUGUCAUCAUGCUGGCAUGGCAGUUGAAGAUCGGGCUAGUAUUGCUGAGUUGUUUCGUUGUGGCACUCUCCCUGUACUGAUUGCUACCAGCACGUUGGCAAUGGGCGUGAAUCUGCCAGCCCACUUAGUUAUAAUCAAGUCGACUCAGUACUACAUGGGAGGAGUAAUGCAGGAGUACCCUGAGGGCCAGAUACUGCAGAUGAUGGGCAGAGCGGGACGUCCUCAGUUUGACACCACAGCUACUGCUGUCAUCAUGACCAAAAACUCUACUAAGACAAAGUAUGAGAAGAUGGUGGGUGGAAAGGAACUAGUUGAGAGUUGUCUACACAAAUAUCUGGCAGAUCACCUCAAUGCUGAGAUUCUGUUAGGCACCAUCUCAGAUGUGGCUGUGGCCAUGGACUGGAUCCGCUCCACAUUCCUCUACAUACGGGCCAGCAAGAAUCCUAUUCAUUACAGCAUCUCUCCGGCCCUUUCAAAGGAUGCUUUUGAAGCUAAAUUACAAGGUAUCUGCAUGAGGGAGUUGAAUGCUUUGGUUCGCUUCGGCUUAGUGACAAUGACAAAUGGCUAUGAUAUCCAGGCCACUGAACAUGGGGCUCUCAUGGCACGCUACUAUAUUGGAUUUGAAACAAUGAAAAUAUUUACUCAGGUAAAAGGAUCGGAAAGUGUGAAGGAAAUGUUGGAAAUUCUGUGCCGUUGUCAUGAGUAUUCUGAUGUUCAUUUGCGAGUCAAUGAGAAGAUGACACUCAAUAACCUGAACCACAACAAGACCAACAGGCACAUCCGGUUUCCCAUGGAGGGCCGUAUCAAGACUAAAGAAAUGAAGAUUAACUGUCUAAUCCAAGCUAUGUUGGGCUGUCUCCCUAUCAAUGAUCCUUCUCUAAGCCAAGAAGCUGUCAGGUUCAUAAAAAUUGGAGAGCGUCUCAUGAAAGGGAUGUCGUUAUACUUGUGGAAACUGUCACAUGCCAAAGCCCUGGUGUCAAGUCUGGUGCUUGCCAAGUGUCUGAACUGUCAACUGUGGGAAGAUACUGAGUAUGUGGUGAGACAGCUACCUGGCAUCGGUCCUGCACUUGCCUCCUUGCUGGUGAGCGCAGGCAAAACUUCCUUUGAUUCCAUCACAGAUGCCAACCCUAGAGAUCUGGAGCGGAUAUUAAACAGACACCCCCCGCUUGGCAACCAGCUGCAAGAGUUUGUGUGGCGGAUUCCUCGCUUCAAUCUUAGACUGACACUCACUGGUGAACAAAUAGAACUGACAGUGGAUGCCAUCAACCCUGGUGAUAAUCAAACUAAAUGCAAUGUUUAUUUCAGAUAUUAA